UACUUCCUUGACACGACAUGUUAUGACGCCGUCCAGAUUCUGAAGAGGCGCAGGAAGGUUGUCGAGAAAGGUAUUGCCGAUCUGCACGAACAUAGGAAAUUAUUGGAAAACUAUUCGACCUACGCCAAGAAGCUCUUUGAGCAUCAAGGCAGCUCUGAUGAGGUGGAAAUCAGGGAAGAGUAUGACGAGAAGAAAGAAGAUGAACUGAGAAGAAAGCGGAAAGCCAGAAAGAUGGCUUCACGGCCUGUCACUAAAACAUUGGCUGAAGUAAAUGCUGAGGCAGAAAUGAUGAAGAGAUUGGAGGAGCUGGAGCAACAAGAAUUGCGAAAUGGCGAACUUGACAGCUUAUUUGAUAUAGAUGCAAGUGUCGGCAAUGAGGAAGCUCUUCCUUCUCUUGACAAAAUAAUGGAAAAGCUUGACGAUGAUGACACGAAGUGUCUUAUGUCCGUACUGGCGUCGGAGAAAUCCGCAGUUGCAGCAGUACCCGAGGAGCAGAGUUGUAGUGAUGAUAAACCAACCACAUCUUCAGAAACAACAGAUGUCAAGCCAGUCACAUCUUCUGAGCCUCCGUUGCAAAAGGAAGAAGAAGCCGGCAUCCGAGUUGCGGAAAUAGUUGAACUUCCACUAAAAAAGAUUAAACCAUCUAUCUUCACUACAGCUGAUUCUGCCAGUAUGGCGCCCACAACUGAAGCUAGUGCACCUAAAGCCGAGCUGUCCACGGGUUAUUUUCGAGGA